GUACCACAAGAUUCGAUGCGACAACUUUUUUGGUUUUCAGGGUCAGCCAAACCAAACCGGCAAAUCCUCCGGCGACCGCCUGUCUCACCGGGGACCAGCUUCUUCGAUCCCGGUUUCCGCCGCCAUGGAAGAGGAGGUGGGCCCCGGCGCGGACAUGGAGGCGCUCGUCCGCCGUCUGAGGCUCCACCGCCCGGCCCCCUCCCCGUACGAACUCUCAGCCGCGGUGGCCCCUGCCCCUGCUCCUGGCGCCGGCGAGCUGUUCCGGCCACGGAGGGCCGCCGUUCUGGUUUGCCUCUUCCGGGGCGCAGCCGGAGAGCUCCGAGUCAUACUCACCAAGCGCUCCUCCUCACUCUCCACCCACUCCGGGGAAGUUGCAUUACCAGGUGGAAAGGCCGAGGAAGGUGAUGCUGAUGAUGCAGCAACAGCAUUAAGGGAGUCAAAAGAGGAGAUUGGGCUUGAUCCAGCUCUGGUCACAGUCGUUACAUCGCUUGAACAUGUCUUGUCCAAACAUCUUCUGGUAGUUGUUCCUAUUGUUGGCAUACUUUCAGACAUAAACACAUUUAAGCCUGUUCCUAAUGCUGCUGAGGUGGACAAAAUUUUUGAUGUGCCCCUGGAGAUGUUCCUCAAGGAUGAGAACCGGACAUCUAAUGACCUAGAAUGGAUGGGGCAGGAGUUUACAAUCCAUCACUUCAGUUAUGCGAAGGAGAACGAGAAGUACAUGAUUUGGGGUCUGACGGCUGGCAUCCUGAUCCAUGCUGCUUCAGUUGUUUACCAGCGACCACCAGACUUUGCAGAGAAAAGGGCACAGUUCAACUUGCCAACGUACUUCAAUGCCAUGGCCAGAGCCUGAGCACUAAUCUCGACAGUACCAGCUCAGCUAUAUCAAUUGUAACAUAUAUACUGCAUACAACAGACUAUACAUUGAAUUGAAUUGUUGUAGAAUCUAAUGGAACUUCAAGUCAUAUGGUUCCAGACGAUUCAUAUUCUUUUUCACAAUCUUUCACAUGAUAAGAGUAAUAGCAUUAACAUUUGGAACAAUGUCAGUAACAUCAGAGUGCAUUGCCGAUCGCAUCUGUUGGUGCCACCAAACACUUUCUGUAUUCUGUAAGUUACAUGCUAGUCAGAUUGUUCUGCUGAAUGCAUUGUCUAAAAAGGGUUGCACAGCUUUUCCAACA